CAGAACAUCACCCCAUCUAGCGGCCAUAACUUGGAAGAUAAUGGGAGGAGUGAAAUAAUAUAUUUUUUUCCAGUUAUUUUGGGAGUAAAAUGUACCGGUAUUAAAAUGGUCAUACCUCAGGAUGCUACAGAUGAACCCAAUCAAGGGUUUACUGACUUUUCUGAACUGAAGAACGGAGUAGGAAGAUCACCAGCUUCAAUAAAAGCGAUUAAUGCGAAGACUUUGGCUGAGGGCUAUACUAAAGGUUUGUUUAUUGCAUAACAGUUUUCCGUUAGGUAGUUGUCAGAAAGCCUCAGGCUUCGAUUUACUCAAACCUUCAUCUUUUGGGAGCCUUUGUAGAAGUUACUCUUGAUUUUAGUGCUGUUCAAACUUGGGAUUUCGUUACGUAAUGUGCUGUAUGUUAAAACAUCUCAUAACAAAGAUUAAUGAACGGUCCUCAAUGAUGUAUAGUCUAGUGAUUUGAAUCAAGUGUGAUCCAGUUGUCAGGUAGCUCACAGGCUUCGAUUAACUCGAAGCUUCAUCUAUAACGAGCCUCACUAAAAGUGACUCUUGUUUUUAAAGCUGAUUAAGCUUCGCUUGUACUGUACAUGCAUAUGUACCGUUCAAUAUCUUAGAGCAAAAUUCAGCGAACUGUACUGUCACUUACUAACAGUGAGCAUAAGUCAGUUUUACUUCAACUUCCUCCGUGAUACAAAACCUAGCUAUGCAAGUCAAGUAUGAUCAAGUUGUCAUACAGUUUACAGGCUUCGAUAAUCAUAGCGUCGAAUUCAUCUAUUAGUAGCCUUGGUAAAAGUUACCCUUCUUUUAUAGCUGUUUAAGCUUUGCAAUUUCCUUGUGAUGUCCUGUACAUGCAUGUGUACAUAUCUGUUCAACAUCCCACAAAAUGAAUCAGUGAACUGUCGCUAAUUCAGAGUGAGCAAAAGCUGUUAUAUUCUUACUUCCCCCAUGAUAUAAAGCCUACUGAUGUGAAUGAAGUAUGGUCAAGUUAGUGACGGUUUUAUUUCAAAGUUCCUAUGCAAUCCAUAAGGUUUCCCUGGUGAAGACUCAUUUGAAGCUUUUUUUUUUUGGGUGGACAAUCUGUCUAAUGAGGAUUAAUGUAAUUUUGGGAAAGGUUAAAAUGAAUUCAUUUCAGUAGUUUCUCUAAUAAGUGUGUGAGAUCUCAGGAAAGUUUGCAGGACCAUUUCCAUGUGCAUUUGCUUACUUACUACUCCUUUGCUUUGCUGCUUUGCUUGUUUUGUCUCCAUCUGUUACAUUUCUCCCAUUCCCUCCCAUCCCUGCUCCUCCUUUAACCCUUUCACUUCCAAGAUCUCAUUAGUAAUUCUCCUUGCUGCCUCUCACACAAUUCUUAUGAAGUUAGUAGGGAGAAUUUGGUAUUGGAUCAACUAAUAAUUCCCUAGUGAUAUUUUUCUUUAUUCUCAUCAUGUGUCUGCUUGACAUUGUUGCGGUAAUUCAUGGGAGUUAAAGGGUUAAAUUUAAUAUAUGUUGAAGCUGGGGAAGUAACACCUUCAAGGAUACUAUUGGUUUUUUAAAUCUACCUUGUUAACAAUCUCAAUGAAUUCUUGAACACAUUAAAAUUUUAGCUAAAGGGGAUUCACCUGUGAGAACAUCAGAUUCAUAUAACCCAGCUAGGAAAUAGAGUUACCAAUCAGUCCUUGUUUGUUAUAGAGGUUUAAGUUUACAAGGCCCAGUUAACUGUUAAAAUGCGUGGCUGUCAAAACUAUUUAACCAUUAUCAUACUUCUUUUAAAUAAAUUUUCCAUAGAUGACAAUUACCCUUUGACCCCUAAGAGUGACUGGUAUCUAAUUUCUCCUUUCAAAAUCACCCCCAAAUCAAACAUAAACUUCAAAAGAAUCAAGAAAAUGAUCAUAAACAAAUAAACUCUUGAUUGUUUAACAAAUUCUCCUUGUCAGCGCCUCAGGAAAUGUAUAGAGAACAGUAUGGGGAAUAUGCUCACUGAUUUUAGGGUGUCAAGGGUUGGAGAAGAUUGCCUCUCAAGUUAAAUGAAAUGUUUAUUGAGAAAAAUUAAUAGCAGCUUAACCUUAAACCCCCAAGGUCCCUGUAAAUUAGUUACAAGAAUUUGAUAUUAGAUCAAGAUAACAGAAUUACCUGAUAAGUUUGAGUAUUCUCAUUACUUGAUACUAGAUGUUGUAUGGAUGUUAUGGGGAGAAGUUACAUAUAAGUCAACUCUGGGAGUGAAAGGGUUGAAAAGUCAUGAUGAGAAAAAGCAAUUUAACCCUUUAACUCCCAGAUCAAAUUUGCAAUUCUCCUUACUGUCAAACAUACAAUUCUUAUAAUGUUAGUUCAGAGAAUUUAGUAUUGGAUCAACUAAUUAUCCACAAAUUGAUAUUUUUUCUUUAUUCUCAUCACUAGUCUGGUUGAUAUUGUAUUGAUAUUGUAAGGAGAAAUUCUGUCUUGGUCACUCAUGGGAGUUAAAGGGUCUUAAUGACAUGUCCAAUUUGUCUCUUCAUAUAUAUCAGAACAGCUGGAAAAUUUUCUUCUGGUGUAAGGAAAUAUUUUAUAUUUUAUUUUAAUAGUGUUUCUGUGCUCUGAAUUUCAGGGAAAAGAUGCUUGGAGACCUUUAGUGUAGUAUCAUGUGCCAUUUUUUCCAGCAUAGUUCUUUUCUACUUGUGUAAGAAUUUCCAACUCUCUGAAAUCAGAACAGUUGUGUUUGCUGCAGGUGAGUGGCUUGAAUUGUAGCACUCUACCAGUCAUGUUUGUUAUUGACUAGGUGAUUAUCAUGAGGUGUAGCUGGCAUCUUUUGGACAAGGUCCAUACAUUUAGUGCACUACAAAAGUUCAAAGCGUCUAUGAGUAGUUUUUGCAGCAACUAAGCAGUCCAAUUUAAAGGGCAUGUAAACCCAAAAAACGUUCAUUUUCUUUUCACAUAGAUGUUUCAAAUAUUUCCAAAUGACGCAAAUUUGAAGCCACAAUUUGUGAAACUUGUUCAAAUGAAAAUAGCUGAUUUCAUCGAGCUGUUCGAACAUUCUGUUGUUUGUAGCAGUCGUUUUUCUUCCUGGUGUUGUACCAACAAUUCAGGCCCUACCAGAAGCAAAUUAUUCGGAACUAUAAACAGCUAGCUGUAGUACUGUAUUAUUAAAUCAAUGACAGAAACAACUCAAGCAAAUCUAUCUCAAAAUGUAAUGAAACAAAUGAAACGGAAAACAUUUAGCUUACUCGUUUCCGGUGUGAUUCUCUGUGCCUUACUGCUGCCUGUACAUGUAAUAGGCCGUCUCUAGCACCCAGAAAUCAAGGCAAAUUGACUAAAAACCUGGAUACUCAGUGAUACAACUUAUCUGGGUUUCAGACCCUCGCUCCUCUACUUUUUGCCACAAUUGCCCAAUUUCCGUACAACAAACACUUUCACGAGUUGUCGGCAUUGGUUGACAAGUUCCACACUCGCACCUUUGACAAUUUUGUAUAAAACGCCCUCGGAAGCUCAGCGGGUUUAAAAAAUUUCUGUUGCAUUCUUUUAGAUUGUGCCCUUGCUUUAUUGGAUUUUCAUAUCAAAUACAAGUAAAUCACACAGUAAAUUAGAUACCAGUCUGAGUUUCCGAGGAGGUCGCAUUGCUGUCAACACUGUGUUCUUGCGGAUCGCUUCGGUGAACCCUACGCAGCUCAUAUUGUUAAGGACGUGGCCCAGACUCUCCUAAAGAUUCUAGACCAUCCCCAUCGCCGUCAUAUACUAAGCUUAGGGUAUUCGAGUCACUAUCUUCUGAAAAACAUCUUCGAACUACCACUACUUACACAAGCUACCGAGUUCUAAAAAGUAAAAUUUAUUGAUUUAUUUGUCCUAACAAAGAAUCUAUGAUAUGAAUGAAAUUGACCUUCAUCUUAUCAGAUCAAAGUGAAAAUAACAUCAUUCCACUAUGUUUGUUUUUUUAAUUAUUCCAUAUUGACUCUAGUAUUAAAAUAGAUCAGUAUUUUUCAAUAACAAUGUUUGUUUUUAUGCCUUUUUAGUUAUGGAGGCAAUUACCUCAGUAGUUGCCGCAAUCAGAUGACAUGAUGACAUCGAUGCCAAUGUUUGUCUUUUUGCCUUUGUAGUUGCAGGAGCAGUCACUGCAGACUUCCUCUCUGGGCUGGUUCAUUGGGGGGCAGACACAUGGGGAGCGGUAGACAUCCCUAUUUUUGGCAAAGCCUUCAUCCGUCCUUUCCGAGAACAUCACGUGGACCCCACAGCCAUAACAAGACAUGAUUUGAUUGAAACAAAUGGUGACAAUUGUCUGUUGACCUUACCUGGUUUAUCUUACAUGGUCUACAAGUUUCUCAUCUAUGACCAAGAAACAAUUGAAGCAUCCUAUGGAACAGACUGUUUUGUGUUCUUCUUGGCUGUGUAUGUUACCUUAACCAACCAAAUCCACAAGUGGUCACACACCUACUUUGGUUUGCCAAUGUGGGUACAAAAACUUCAGGACUGGCAUAUUAUCUUGCCACGCAAGCAUCAUCGCAUUCACCAUGUUUCUCCCCAUGAGACAUACUUCUGCAUCACAACUGGUUGGCUUGACUAUCCUCUUGAGGUGAUCAGAUUCUGGCAAUCCUUAGAGUGGUUGAUUGAGAAAACAACCGGGGUGAAGCCGCGAUCAGAUGACAUGAAAUGGGCAGGGAAACCCAAUUGAAUUUGAUCAAAUUUUGGUCUAAAACUGAUCUAAAAAGUGUGAAAUUAUGUUUUGUGGGUGAGUGUAGGGUAGGUAAUAUACCAAGAUGGGUCUGGUCUACCCACAUAGACUCUAGUAAUGCACUUAUAAUUUUACAUUGUCCUGUUUCUGUUUUAAUUAAAAUUAUAGCAGAAACUAUCCAAAUCUUUAUUUCUGCCUGUGCUUGAUCCCAUUUGUCAAGAUCAGUAAUCUUUCAGAAUAGAGAAACAGAUAAGCAAACUCCAACAGAGACAGACAGACAGCCAAAAGCAAAUUGAGAUUACUUGUGAUUUUUUUUUUUUUUUUUUUUUUUCAAAUUUAAGUUAGAGGAUACUAGCCACACAGAAAUGCAGAUUUAAAGUAAUAUUGCACAGUGGGAGAAAAGAUACUUGUCUGAACAUUUUUCAUACAUGGAACAACUGCUGAGAAAAAUCUUACCAGACACAAGUUAGGAUCAUUACCUUAUUGGUUAAAUUGUGUCAGGUCUUAUUUCAAACAUUUGCAGUGUUGUUAUGCAUGUAUGUACUUAUGACUUAAGCGCUCAGGAGUUCUUUUUUUGGUUGUACCAUGCUUAUACACCUCAGUUACAUUAGGCCUUCAUUAGAUUUUUUAGGUGUGUUAAUUCUCCUUUCCAAAAUGGCCUUGACAAGUAUCUCUUACUAUUUGUCAAGAGUGGUCACUAACUGGGUAACCUGCUUAAAGGUGUGGAAUAAUUAUUUAUCCAAGGCAGGGAGAUGUAAUGACUUUUAUGUAAAAUGAAUGAUCUAAUAAGGAAAAUUAUAGGUCAAGAGAAAUUCUACAGCAAAAAAAAAUUUUUUUUUCUGUGAAUUCUGUAAUUUUAAAACUAGCCCACAAUAUUACUGAUUAAUAUUGUUAUUGUUGUUCUUAUUAUCAUAGUAAGCUAGAAGGAUGUUUAAUGUGAUACAACACUGAUAUCAACAUUGAAGAAUGCAAGAUUCUGUGCAUGUCAGUAAGUGAAAGUUAGGUGAAAAUUUGCCAUUGAGGUUCCACACAUCACUCCAAAACAUCCCUGCAUCAAAGUUGGCUAAACCCUUUAACUCCCAAGAUCCAACUAGCAAUUUUCCCCUCUGACCACCACACUAAAGGGGAGAGUUGGCUGUUAUAUUUUGAUGAUACCCUUUGGCUGCCAACCCUGUCUGUUCUAAUAAGCUAUUUGCAAUAUAACAUAUUGGAAUCGCAGUGAGAAGUUACAUGUGGAUCACAUCUGGGAGUGAAAAGGUUUAAGGGAAAAAAAAAUACUAAAAAACUUAAGAUGGUUUUUUUCUCAAUGUAAAGUUCUGUGCAGAAAUUUUAGGCUUCCUUAAUCCAAUUUUGGUUAAUCUUGACCAUAGUGUGCACGUGAGGUAAACAAGGUAUUUAUAUAUUUGAUAAAUAAUGUCUUUUUUUGGAUAAACUGCUGUCAAACCUUAAAUCUAAUGAAAGAACUGUCGUUGGUAUUCAGAGGGCUUGAUAGGCUGUAUGCAAAGUACAAAAGUAAUCAAAAUUGAAGGUUUAAAUAUUGCACCUAGACUUGAGUUGGGUUGCUGUUGCCAUGAUUGGUUAAAAUUAGCGGGCUGUGUUUUACUGUGAAAUAAGCAACUUAUUGAGGGCUUUCGAGGUCCUCGCUUGCUUGCAUUUUGUUGGUCAAUGAAUCAAGUGAAUUAACAAGUUUAUUAAAGGAUGAGUGGAACUGAUCUGCUGAGUUUUCCCAAGAAUAAAAAUUCCUCAAAUCUUGGC